AUGCCGCCGAAGCGGCGGCGGGAGGGCAGUGGCGGGUCCGGCGGCGGCGGCGGCGGGGGAGGAGCAGGAGCAGGAGUUGGUGGUGGUGCUGGUGGCCGAGGAGGAAGGCGGCCAACGCAACCGCCGCCGCCGCCGCCUCGUGCGCCGGCGCUAAAGAGGAGAUGCCGGUCGUUCGACCUUGAGAUUAGGGGCUGCAGGCACAUCCAGGAACUCACCACGAGGGUGGAGGCGAUGGAGGCUGCCAUUAGCCGGAUACCAGAAGAGCUGAGAAAAGUACUUUCGAGCCAUUUCAACAAUAUUCCUGGAACAAGAAUUGAAAAGAACCUGCCUCCAACCUACAAACUUGUUUUCGUGAAUAGCAUGAGUGAUGAAAUAUUUACAAAAAGGGAUGUCCGUGCGGUGGAUGGGGGUCAAAUCAAGGUUAAAAUGGUUGUGAGCAAUCAGAAAGAUAAAAAUUGUUCCCGUCUUCUUUCCUCCAAUGUCAAGAUUGUAGUUCUCGAUGGUGACUUCAAUGCGGAUAAUCGUGAGAGCUGGACACCUGACAAGUUUGACAACCAUAUAGUACGGCCACGUGACAAAGUUGGGGCGGUGCUUACGGGAAAGCUGGAUGUUAAACUGAAAGAUGGUGAGGCUUGUCUCCAUGACAUUACUUUCAUUGACAAUUCCAGCUUCACAAGGAGUCGAAAGUUCAGGCUUGGGGUAAAGCUUCUUGAUGAUCUUGGCGAGCGAGUUCAAGAAGGUGUAACUGAACCUUUCACUGUUAAGGACCGCCGUGGAGAAGGAUACAGAAAGCGUGAAAUUCCAAGGUUAGAUGAUAAAGUAUGGUGCCUGAAAAUGAUUGGAAAAGGUGGUGUCUUUCAUAAGGCAUUGGAAGCUAAUGGCAUUUCUUCAGUGGGGGACUUAAUGAGGUUGUAUUAUAAGGAUGAGGAAGCUCUGCGCAAUAUUCUCGGUAAUGCCUCACCGUCUGCCUUGAAAGCUAUUAUUGAUCAUGCUAAAAAGUGCGAUCCUGGGAGAUCCCUUUACUCUCACUUUAUUGAAGACAAGAACAUUAGGGUGUACGUCAGUUCUCUGGGUCAGGUUGUUGGAGCAACAAUAGCUGGUCAAUAUAAUGCUUUUGGUGAUCUUGAUACGCUUAGGAAGGCCCAAUUGGAAGAAUUAAGCAAGGAUGCAUAUAAAUGUAUAACCUACCAUCAUCAUGAUUAUGAAAUGUAUAAUGGCCAGCCAAGGUCAAUUAACAGCACACUCCAGGAAUCUAUCAUUCCUGGGCAUAAGCCCACUGAGCCUGAUGAUCAAACUAUUCAUGAAACAGAUGAACAAGGAACUUCAAAGGUCAAUGGAUUUUCUGGUACUCUCUCCCAGCAGUGUAUAUUUGGAAGGAUUGGAUCUGUGCGAGUGAGGACCUUAUCUUCUGUACCAGAAAACAUUGAAACUGAUGCGCCUUUUGACAUCGAUGUCCAGAUGGGCUCUGGUACUGGACUUCAGUAUGAAGCUCCGGAAGCAAAUUACACUGCAGGUUCAGUAACACUUCAUUGCCCAACCACUGCUUCAAGCGAAAUUAUAGCAUCAGUAGCACUGGAUCAAACAGCCUUGGCAAUCCAUCAAGAGGAUUAUCAGACGUCUUUCACAAACAAUGGUCCUUCACUUGGUCACUGGUAUCCAGAGCAAGAGCAUCUAAUGGUUUCUCAGUAUGCAUCUCCUUUCCCACUGAGUAUGCAAUCUGGUGAUCCUAUUUUGUCGACACAAAGCAGUUUUAACAUGGAUGAGUUUUUCAAAGACCUCCAGCACGACAAACCUCAGUUCUGCGCACCCAAUGUAAGCAUGCUGCCAACUGAUAUUGGCAGCAGCAUGACGAAGCUGCCAUCCUGUCGUAGUUCAGACCAGGAGAUCGAAUUGAAAGUAAUGACGUUCGUUCAGAAUAAACCAGAGAGAAUCUACGUGCGCGUGUGGAAAGUAAAUGUAAGAGCCAACUCCAAGGAACAUACCCACAGCAAGGCGUGA